AUGAAAAGAUGCGAAAGGUUUUUAAGCAGCUUCAACCGGCCGAACUUAUUUUACACGAUUUUGGACAAGAAAUCUAAAAGUUUCUACCAGAACGUCGUGGACGUCAUACGCACUGAAUAUGCAGGAAAAUCGGGCAUUGUGUAUUGUCUGUCACGUAAGGACUGCGAGAAGUUGGCGGCUGUCUUGCAAGAAAAAAAAGUGAAGGCGGCCGCGUACCACGGCCGUCUCGUCGACAGUAAACGCAAGGAAGUGCAGUUGGGUUGGAUAGCUGAUGAUUACGCUGUGAUCUGUGCGACGACAGCGUUCGGUAUGGGCAUAGACAAGGCGGAUGUCCGGUUUGUCAUACACCACAGCCUGCCCAUAUCGGUGGAGGGCUAUUACCAGGAGACGGGGCGCGCCGGCCGCGACGGCGCACGGGCGGACUGCCUCCUCUACUAUAACUAUGGGGAUAUCGUGAGAUAUUACAGGCUGAUGGAUGACGAACCCAAAACACAUAAGGGUACAGAAGCCCGUGCUGUCCACGAUGAAAAUCUAUCGCAUAUGAAGUCAAUAUGUGAGGACCCAACAGGGUGUCGAAGAGUUGAAGUUCUGGCGUAUUUGGGUGAAGAAUUCCAGAAGGAAAAGUGUGGAGAAGGUGGCGCUCCCUGUGACAAUUGUACCAAAACUACUGAAUAUCAAUCCAUAGAUGUAACAGAGGAAUGUGUGGGACUGGCCCGCUUCAUGAACAGCAGCCAGUCGACCUACAAACUGCUAAAUAUCGUGUCGGCUUUACGCGGCUCCACUCCAUCACCCAUUCCCGAUUUACAGAACACGCCUAUACCCGGACGGUGGAAGGAGUGGCCCGCCUCUGAUGUGAGGAGACUCUUGAAAAAAAUGGUGGCCGAUAAGUACUUGCGCGAGUUCACUGCGCCAUCGUCCAACGGCUUCGUCUACACGUAUUACACGUAUGUGGCCAUUGAGCCCAAUUACGAGAAUUUAAUAUCAGGCAGAUGUCGUGUAAUGUUUGACAUGACGAAGAUUCAACGCAAAAAAAACGUUCCCGCGCCGAAUAUUGUUACAAACAACAUUGUGACGGACAUACAGAUCCAGAUCACCAAAAUUAAGGAUCGUUGCUACGCCGACUUAUUUGAAGCUUGCAAGAAAAUGGCAUCAAAGCAGGGAUCAGACUGUACUGUGUCCAAGGUGUGCCCGAUGAUAACGAUGCGCAAGAUGGCGGAGGAGCUGCCCGAGACGGAGGCGAAAAUGCUCAAUAUGCCGCACGUCACGCGCGAUCGCUACGACAAGUACGCGCGCCACCUGCUGGAAAUCACCUCCAAGUACGCCAUCAAGAAGCGGGAUGUACUGGAGAAGCAAAAUGCAGUUGAGAGUGGAUUCAAAGACGAGCCCAGUACAAGUGGUAGUGCGGACAGAGGCGGAGCGCCAUCGCGUUCUAAAAGCCGUGGUGCCUCUCGGGGUGUGGCGAAGAGUGCAAGUAAAAGCAAGAGGGUCGCGAGUGCGCGCGCCAGCGGCGUCGGUAGAGGCGUUUCUUUGGGAGCGAUGCCACUCCUCCGCACUACAGAGGCUCCACAUAACGUGAACAAGCUGUUU